AUGCAAGUCCAUGAUCUCCCAUGUAACCCUUCUUCUUCUUCAUUAGCUGCUAAUCCUCACUCCGAUCCCCACUUCGCCAUGGCCGACCCACAAUCCUCCUCCCCUUCUCCGAUCCAUUCUCCCAAGAAUUCACACAAUAACGGCAAGAACUCCCAAGAUAACGACAGCCCACCUCGGAAAAAGUCGAGCAAAGCCCAGAAUGAUGGCAAAGUUAGUGAUACCAAUAGUAAGAGUAGUGUUAUUAGCAAUAAUAGUUGUCUAGUUAGGCGGGAGAGGCCUUCGAGGGCUUGUACCCAACGGGCCGCGGAGAGGAUGCAGGCUGCUGCUGCCGCCGAGGCCGCCGUUCUUGCGGCUGAGAAGAGGCAGAAGAAGGCGGCCUUGAGGAGGGAGAGAUUGACGGCGAGGUUGGUUAGGGAGGAAUUGGACGAGGAUGAGGAGGACGGAGGAAGAGGAGAAGAGGAUGGGGAGGAUGAAGAGGGUGGAGAUGGGGAAGAUGGUGCUUCUCCUUUGAAUACAGGGAGGAAUCAGCAAUGUAGCAAAAUGGUUACCCCUUUAGUUGGGGAACCAGAGCCCUCUCAGUUGCCUCGGUGGAACAUUCGCGGAAUGUGGCAGUUGGCCUCCAUUUUGAAUUUUUUGAAUGUGUUUAGGCCGUUGUUGAAUAUAAAAGUUGAGUUUUCAGUGGAGGAAUUUGAAACAGCCCUUAUAACACCAAAUAAUACCCUUGCGGAGAUUCACAUUCCACUAUUGAAGUCUAUCCCUCCAGUUACUCGGAUGGCCCUUGGACACAAUACAUGGGUGACAGUUCUUUGCAGAAAGAUACGUGAUUGGUGGCUCUGGGUUGCAGAAGGGGAGUUACCUAUUGUUGCAUCUCACGGGACUGAAAUUGAAACGUACAAUUCACUUGAACCUUCAGUUCGUGUGAUAAUAUUGAAAGCACUAUGUGAUAUACGUGUGGAGCAAGAAGAUAUUCGUAACCACAUAGACAACUCGAUAAAGCAUGGUAUCCAUCUUUCAUCAUUCCGCAAAGAACGUAUUGGUGGUGAUUCUCAUGGAGUCUCUUAUUGGUAUGAAGAUGAUCCUAUUGUAGGACAUCGACUAUAUCGAGAGAUUAGGAAAGUUGAAGUGAAGAAAGGGAAGGGAAGAAACAUACCACCUAUUCCUAGUUCAUCUUACCAGUGGGAGACAGUCGCGACUAAUUUUGAUGAAUUCCAAGAUGUUUCUGAGAAGCUGUUUUCAAGUAAAAAUAGAACAGAGUUUUCAGUUGGGAAGAAAUUAAAGAAUGAUAUGCUUCCUGAAAUUGAGAAGGUCCACAAGAAGAGAGAGAAGUUAUUGAAGAAGCAACACAGACAGGCUCUUAUGCUUGAUAAUAUGAUGAAUAUGGAUGGCCUUGCUGCUGGACGUUCCCUUCGUGAUAGAAAACCUGUAACAUAUACUUUUGAUGAUUACGAUAGGUCUAUAAAUGAGGCUAUCAAGAUAACCAAAAAGCAACCCUCACCUCUGGAAUUCAUGACCACAAGGAGGGAAGGCUUGCGAUAUGAAGCUCAAAUGAAUGGGAGAUGGGGCAGUGGUCCUUCGGUAUCUUUUAAUGAGCAUUCUCCAAAAUCUGAUUAUGAUGGAUAUUAUGAUGAUAAUGGGGCAGAUCAUCUUGAUCGCAGCAACCGACGAAGGCAGAGGCCUCAAAGGUAUUCUGAAAAAGAGUUCGUUGAAGCAGUUUCAGAUAAUGAUGCAGAUUUUGAUAGUGAUGAUGACAUAGUCGGUGAAGUGAUAUAUGAUGAUGAGUAUUUGAGAAAACGAAAACAGAGGCGGAAAAUGUCUAGCAGCUCAGAAGGUGAUGAUGAGUACCAUUAUGAUGAUGAUAAUCCCGAAGAGGAAGAGGAAGAAGAAUAUGAUGAUGCUGAUUCGCUAAGUGCUAGUGAAGAGAGUGAUGGCCGCCAACAGUUUAAGAAAUUGCCAGGCCGCACUAGGAGGGAAACUAAGUUGAGAUCAGUUGGUGACCUGCAGUUUGGUUUGCGGCGUAGUAACAGGGCGACGCGCAACCAGAUUAACUAUCGAAAAUAUGAACUUUCAGAAUCUGAAACUGAAUCAGCAAAACCUGGGAAGUCAGAGGCCGUAGCUGAGUACUCCAAUGAAAGCGAAGAUGCAGAUAAAUUCUCUAUGGCGAGUCAAGAUUCUGAGGAUAACACAGAUGACCAGGAGAUGAAAGUUGAUCAGCCGGUAGACGAACCAGCAGAUGCAGAUACCGUUAAGCAAGAGGAAAACCAUCUGCCGGAGAAAGCAGAUAGCCCACGGCAAACUGACGGUGAGGGAGUGCAGAAAAGACGUUUUCUUGAUCUGAAUGAGCUUGCCCCUGGUUCUGGCUUUGAUGAUGGCCCCAACUCUAUGAUGAAAGAUGAAGAUGGAGAUGAGUUCUGA